AUGUCCACAGAUUCACCAGCAUCGCCCUUGCGGCGGGUCAGCCUUCGCACGCUCCUCAGCACGCUUCUCGUCACCCUCACAUUCACUCUUCUCACCAUCAGUCCAACCCACGCCCUGCCAUCACCACCAUCGCUUGCCCGCCGAGACGCAUUCACUGACGCACGUGGAACGCGCGGCGAUGCCUCGCUCAGCUCGGUCGGUCGUCGCCCCGCCGGAGCCUACGCGCGCUCCAUCCCCAUCACCCCUACCUCUGACAUCUUCACAUGGUACUCGAAAACCCCCGCCAACGAAUCGCUCGCCGAAUCCGCCUUCAUCAUCAUCCACGGUGUCCAGCGGAACGCCAACACCUACUGGACCAUCCUCAACAACGCCUGGGCCAAAGCACGCGAUGCAUCGCUCGGCUCGGCACGACCGAACUCGAUCCGCGUAGCGCCGUUGUUCUUCAGCACGUUCGAGGAUGCAGGUGCGUACAACGUGACGCAGUUGGCGUGGGACGAUAGCAACGCCUGGACGGCAGGCGAGGGCAGCACCAAUCCGCCGUUCAGUGGCAUUUCGAGCUUCGCCGUGUUGGAUGCGUUUUUGGAUAGGUUCAGCGAUGCCAAGGCGUAUCCGAGGAUGAAGUAUAUUACGUUCGUGGCGCAUGGAGGUGGUGCACAGAUGCUUCAGCGAUAUGCUGUGUUGGGCAAGAGCAACCCGGCUCCGAAGAGGUUGAGUGUGAGGUAUGUCGUGGGAGAUCCUUCGUCGGAACUCUACUUUACCGACGAUCGACCUGUAGGAGUGGACCAAGCUUCCUGCCCCACUUGGAACAACUACCGCUACGGCCUCAAGCAGUACACUGCACCGUACUCUACUCUCUCGGCCUCUCGAGCUCCUGCACUGUUCAAGUCCUACGCCGCCAAGGAAGUUCGGUACGUGGUCGGGCUGGCGGAUACUUCCACCGAGAAGGGCGAUCAGACGUGCAUGGCGCACGCCGUCGGAGGACCGUUGCGAAGAAACCGAAGUCUAGCCUACUGGAAGUACAUCCACCUGCUCUCCGGUCGUACCUCGCCCGACUCGCUCAAAAAUUUCCCAGGAACCUUCCCCGCACUUGACCCUCAGGCAUCGGCGGCGAAAACAACCCAGACCGACAUCCCAACAUCCUCCAAGACCACGCUGAGAAAGUUCACCGGCGUUUCCAUCGUGCAUUCGCUGAGCGUGGUCGAGGGGGCAGGUCACAGUGCCAGCAAGGUGUACAGCUCGCCGCAGGGCAGGAACGCGCUGUUUGCGGAUCAGGCGAGCAGCGGAACGGGGCUGACCGCGGAUUUCAGCAAGCAGCUCGACGGAUAUACGGCGGAUAAGGCGGGUGCGAAGGAUUACAGCGAUGGCGAUAGUGGCGAUGAUUGA